AUGAAAGGGAUAUCCCAUUUGAUCCUAGUUCCUGGACACUCUAUCUGGAAACCAUCCUCCAGUGCCUCUCUCGGUGCCUCACAAGACGAAUGGUACUUGGAAGGCUUCCAAAAAGAUGGAAGAGACCACAUGUGUUUUGUGAACCAUAUCGUAAGUGCCAUUCACAUCUUGAUAGAUGAAUGGGAUACCUCUAUGGUGAUAUUUUCUGGCGGACAAACCAAAAUCCAAGCAGGUCCAAUUUCUGAGUCUCAAUCAUACCGAAAUUUGGCCGAGCGAUUGCUCACAACCGGAGCAUACGCAAAAUUCAAGGAAACAUUGGGCUCGGACCAUGGGAUGCUUACCGAGUCAGAGUUGGGUAAAUUCACGAACGAGAAUCCAUCCGAUCAGUAUGAGCAUGCUUCAUUGAUGUCUCGUAUAUACACAGAAGAGUUUGCCCGCGACUCGUUCGAAAACGUGGUCCUCUCUCUCCUACGAUUCAAGCAGAUCACAGGCACGUACCCUCAGAAGCUCACUAUUGUGGGUUUUGAAUUCAAAAGAGCCCGCUUCGUGGACCACCACUUAUCAACCCUAGGGUUCCCAGCGGGCCGAGUUCAGUAUAUCGGAAACUCCCCUACGCCACCCAUAGAAGACGACCGGGAGUACUUUAGGAGUCUACGUGCGGCGGAGUGUAAAAAUGCGGUUUCUCUAUUUAUGAAGGAUUUAUGGGGUUGUGCGCCUCCUUUGCUUGACAAAAAGUCGACCCGCGAUCCCUUUAAUAGAGGAUACGGAUUAACCGCACAAGCCACAAUUCGUCUUUCCCCUUUUCUGAUCACCUCGCUAGAAGCGCUGGAAGAUAAGCUAUUCCGGUAUAAGUUGUAG